AUGGAUGGCGCUGGUGGUAAUCCAACGGAUGGAGCUGGUGGUUUUGAUCCAUGUGAAUGCAUAAUGAGUCACGAGCACACUAUGAACCGUUUGACUAGUAUGCUUCGCAAUGCGCAAACAACAUGUACUGAUACGGAAUGCUUUACUGGUCCAUUACCUGGCCAACCCAAUGCCGAUGUUGGUAGUACAGGGAUGACUAAUAUGUAUUUAAUGAUUGGUAUAUGGCUUGCUAUUGCUUUUUUACUGUUCAUAUUUCGUCCACGUACUCUUCGAAGCAAUCGUGAUAAUCUAGGGAAACCAAAUAAUCAAGGUCCACGACGUGACAAUCGAGAGCCACCACCACCACCAGAAGUAGAUUAA